AUGCAAUUGUCAGCUGGAGAGCAGAAUUCGAUACUUCAAAGUUGUAUUGCCAAUAUCAAUCAACAAUCCAAUCUUAUGAAACAUGAUUUAAAUGAGAAUAAAUUAUUACCGGCAUUGAAACACUGCUCUAAUUUUCUUAAUGAAUUGAGAACAAAUUCAUUAUCUCCAAAACAAUAUUACGAAAUUUAUAUGUUAGUUUUCGAUUCAUUAGAAACCUUAUCAACAUAUUUACUAAACUCCCACACAGCAAGACAAAAGUCGAAGAAUCGCGAGGCUAAAGGCAACGACACCAUCAAAAAUGGAAAACCUGAGAAUGAUGGGGAAGGCACAUCGGCGUUUUUAGCAGAUUUAUAUGAAAUUGUCCAGUAUUCAGGUAAUAUUGUACCUCGAUUAUACAUGAUGAUUGUUAUCGGUACAACCUACAUGUCGAUUGAAGGAUCACCUAAAAAAGAUUUAAUGAAAGAUAUGAUUGAAAUGUGUCAUGGAGUGCAACAUCCAAUCCGUGGAUUGUUUUUACGGUAUUAUUUAUCUCAACGAACGAAAAAUCUUUUGCCCUUCCAAAACCAAAUAGAUUUUGAAGAGACAGUAGAAUUUUUGAUCAAGAAUUUUAUUGAAAUGAAUAAACUUUGGGUCAGAUUACAACACCAAGGGCAUUCAUCGGAACGUGAAUUGAGAUAUCGUGAACGGAAGGAAUUGAAAAUUCUUGUUGGAUCGAAUCUAGUUCGUUUAUCACAAAUUAUCGACGAUUACAAUGGAGAUGCCAACUAUUCUGCAAUUGAAUAUUAUAAAGAGAAGAUUUUCCCCAUUAUUACCGAACAAAUUAUUCAAUGCCGCGAUCAUUUAGCCCAAAGUUAUUUGAUUGAUGUCUUAAUACAAGUUUUCCCUGACGAUUUCCAUUUUGCCACUUUGGAUAAAUUGUUAAAUGAAGUGUUUGUUAAUUUACAUCCGCUAUUGAAGAAAAGCGAAUUGGUACAAACUUUAAUUGAUAGAUUCAUUGCCUAUCAUAAAUUCUCUAGUGACAUGAAUAAGUUGUCCAUAGAAGAAACUGGAAGCAAUGUAAUAGAAAUCAAUGUUGAUCAGUUGUUUCAAUCGUUUUGGCAAUUUUAUAACAAGUUAGUUGCAACUGCAGAUCCUCAAUUACCACCAGAAGAACACUCAAUGCUUUUACAAUCAUUCAUUAAUCUUUUAUUGACUUUCGAACCAGAUGAUUUCUCAAAUCUAGAUAUCAUUUAUAAAUUUGCUGAAGAAAAUUUAGCAGCUCAAGAGAACAAUUCUGAGCUUGAACAGGAAAUGUGGUCACAAUUGUUGCUUGUCCCAGUAUCACAUUUUAAAUCAAUUAAGACUUUAUUGUCAUUAGAGAACUUUUAUCAUUUUUAUACCAAGUUGGAUAAUAAAGCUUUACAAAAACAAAUAGCCAUUGCGAUUGUCGAUAGAAUUUUAGAGAUUGCUAGUGAUAAUGAUAAUGAAUUAUUGCACAGUGUCGACGAAAUUGAUGGGGUAUUCAAGUAUCUUAUGGUAUUAAUUAAAGAGUCACCAAGUAAAUUAGACACUGCUAAGCAUUUGGGGGUAACUAAAACCAUCAAAGUGAAUAACGGUGAGGCAUUGAUUACGGAGGAAUUCCUUGAAACUCAAGAGAAGAUUUGCAAGUUAAUUCAUCUUGUUGAACUUAGUGAUGAUCCUAUUAAAAAUGUUUCUAACUUGAUGUAUGUUAGAAAGAAGUAUUUGAACAAAAAUUUUGAGAAUAUCAUUCAUACUUAUCCCACUUUGAUAUCGAAAAUUUUAUUCAAAUUGAAAUUAGCUGGUUAUGUUAAUUUACAUCAACGAAAGAAAAGUAGAAGCGAUACAGUGGAUUUACAAAUCACAUCAAACUUUAAGAAUUUGUCGGUGAUUAUUGAUGAAUUGUAUCAAUAUCAUCAAGAAUAUUCAUCUGAAUUGAUUCUCAACAUCUAUUUGAACGUUGCUACAGUUGCUGACCAAUUGAAACUAGAAUCCAUAUGCUAUGAAUUGUUCAAUCAAUGCUUUGUCGUUUAUGAAGAAAACCUUAUUUUGACACCUCAUCAGUACAAGACAUCGUCAACAACUACCCAUAUCAAUCCUCAUGAUUCACUUUCAGGUGGAUCAUUAGCUUAUGAAUCAGUGUUAUCAAUUGCCAAUACUCUCGUGAAGACCAGAAACUUUUCCAAAGAGAAUUACGAGAAUUUGAUUACCAAAUUGACAUUGUAUGGCUCGAAAUUAUUGAAAAAACAAGAUCAAUGUCGUGCAGUGUAUUCAUGUGCCCAUCUAUGGUGGUGGAGUGAAACAUUGUUGCCCGCAGGUGAGAAGUCCCCUACGGUAAUUGAUGAUAAAGAUGAAACCAUGAAUCAGGAUAAUAAUGAAAACUCCAAGGGAUCUGAAGCCGAUGCUGACGCUGAACCAGAAGUUGAAUCUAAAGUAGAACCUAAAUUGGAGGAACCCAAUGAAGAACUUGUAUUAUAUCGUGAUCCUAAGCGAGUAUUGGAAUGUCUUCAAAAAUCAUUACGAGUGGCAGAUUCAUGUAUGGAUCCAUAUCUUUCGCUUAAAUUGUUUCUUGAAAUACUCAAUCGAUGUCUUAUUUUCAAUGUUUAUGGCAAUAGUUUAAUUGAUACUCGAUACAUUAAUGGAUUGAUUGAUUUGAUAAACACCAAUAUUGAUAAUUUAUCUGACGAUAAGGGACACGACGAAGACUUUGACGAUGCCGAUGGUAACGACGAUGAUGUCACUGCAAGUGAAGAUAACAAGGAGGUGUUAUUGUUGAAGCAAUGUCGUAGGUAUCUCAAACGAACCUUAUCAUAUAUUUCAGGACAAAGUUUAAUUUAA